AUGAUGCUCCUGCCCCUUUCUAGCAGAAGUGUUUACCCCCUUCUUCGGGCGGUGGGGGCAAUGCACCCAUUGCAGCUUCCUGGUUUCCCCCAGGAGAGGGGCUGCCACUCUGGAGAAUCCUCCCACCCCCCUACGAAAGCCGCCGCAAUCAAAAAGAGGGGAUACGACAUCACCAGGAACCCCCAUCUCAACAAGGGAAUGGCCUUUACGCUUGAAGAGAGACUCCAGCUUGGCAUUCACGGCCUGCUCCCUCCUUGCUUCCUGAGCCAAGACGUUCAAGUCCUCCGCGUUCUGAAGAGCUACGAGACCAAAUCCAGCGAUCUAGACAAGUAUAUAAUCCUUAUGACCCUCCAAGACCGAAACGAGAAGCUCUUCUACCGAGUUCUCACGUCAGAUAUAGAAAGAUUCAUGCCUAUAGUGUACACGCCUACAGUCGGCUUGGCAUGUCAGCAGUACGGGUUGGCUUUCCGAAGGCCUCGUGGUCUGUUCAUUACCAUUCAUGACAAAGGACAUAUCGCAACUAUGCUGAACUCGUGGCCUGAAGAAAAUAUAAAGGCUAUAGUGGUGACAGAUGGAGAGAGAAUUCUGGGCCUGGGGGACCUAGGAGGUUACGGCAUGGGGAUCCCAGUAGGAAAACUUGCUCUGUACACAGCCUGUGGUGGCGUUCACCCCCAGCAGUGCCUUCCUGUUCUUCUAGACGUUGGCACAGACAAUGAGGCCCUUCUGAACGACCCGCUGUACAUUGGUCUGAAACACAAGAGGGUUCGUGGGAAACAGUACGAUGACCUGAUUGAUGAGUUCAUGCAGGCUGUCUCGAGCAAGUAUGGGAUGAAUUGCCUCAUUCAGUUUGAAGACUUUGCCAACGCCAACGCAUUCCGACUUCUCAACAAAUACCGGAACCGAUACUGCACGUUCAAUGAUGACAUUCAGGGAACGGCUUCUGUCGCAGUCGCUGGCAUCUUGGCCGCCUUGAGGAUCACGAAGAACAAGCUGUCGGACCAUAAAUUUGUUUUCCAAGGAGCAGGAGAGGCUGCUAUGGGCAUAGCCUACCUGAUUGUUAUGGCCCUGGAAAAAGAAGGCAUUCCAAGGGAAGAGGCUAUCAAAAAAAUCUGGAUGGUGGACUCCAAAGGACUCAUUGUCAAGGGCAGGAGUCACCUGAACCAUGAGAAGGAGAUGUUUGCUCAUGACCACCCCAAUGUGAAAACCCUCGGAGAAGUGGUGCAGAAAGUCAAGCCUACAGCUCUGAUUGGUGUCGCUGCCAUGGCGGGAGCAUUCACUGACCAGAUUUUGAAGGACAUGGCGACGUUCAACGAGCGGCCAAUCGUUUUUGCCCUGAGUAACCCCACGAGCAAAGCAGAAUGCACAGCGGAGCAGUGCUACCACUUGACGGAGGGCCGUGGUAUAUUUGCAAGUGGGAGUCCAUUCCCAAAAGUGACCCUGCCAAAUGGGCAGACCUUCUUUCCUGGGCAAGGCAACAACGCCUACGUGUUCCCUGGCGUCGCUCUGGGAGUCAUCGCCUGCGGAGUCCGACACAUCUCUGAUGACAUCUUUCUCCUCACUGCACAGUCAAUUGCUGAAGAAGUCACCAAAGAGAAUCUUUCUGAAGGAAGAUUGUAUCCCCCACUGAGCACCAUCCGAGAUGUCUCCUUCAAAAUUGCUGUUAAGAUCGUUGACUAUGCCUACCAACACAACUUGGCCUCCUGGUACCCGGAACCGGAAGACAAAGAAGCCUUCAUUAGGUCCCUCAUUUACAGCCCCGACUACGACUCCUUUGCCAUCGAUAAUUACAGGUGGCCCCAGGAAGCCAUGCAGACUCAAAACAUCUAACGUUCUUCUCCCCUCCCCUUCGUCUUGAA